AUGUCGGCGGACAGCCACACACUUUUUCCCCUGCCGCGCACAGGGUCCGGAAGCUGGCGCACAUACUGGAUGCAACGACGAGAUAAUGGUGACGCCCAAACACACUGUCCGGACAUUGUGAGCGAAGCGGAGAAGCUGUUUGGCAUGUCUCACGGGACUGGCACAUAUCCAAGAUAUGACAGUAACGGUGCCUACGUGGAUAACGCGUGCGAUUUCACGACUCUGCGGGGACUUCAGAAUAACGAGCGGGCCCAGAGCAUAGCCCAGAGCGCGCCAAGCAAGAUUGACAAGCACAACCAGAGCGAGGUUCUGGGAAUGCUGGAUCAUGCACUCGCGCUCGACCCGCAAUGUGUGACCGCCCUCCAACACAGGGCAAACCUAGCAAAAUCGGAUAUUAGCAAGCUAAUCGAAAUACACCAUUGCGCCGGCGAAGGUGAGGGUGCCGACGCCGAUUCAUUGUCUUUAGCUAUCGACAGGAGCGCCGGUCUUCGACAGCAGAAGGGCGGUGGGAAAGAAGAUUGUCGGCGUCGCCGCCGUCUGGCCCUAUGCGGUCACGAUGUGACGCUGGCCACUCAGGCUCUCGCUCCUGUCGACUUUGUCGCAAUUUGGAAGAGCAUUGCGAUUCUAGUCGUUGGGAACGCAACCGUAGGCCUGAGCGUCACAGUCAUGGGACACACAAGAGCGCUGUGGCAGCAGGGACAAAGGUCAAACCCGGCGCAUCUAACAGCAUACUUGCAACGGCAGCAGCGACGGCGACAGUCAUCUGCCGCGCCAUGGUGGUUCUGGAAGAAGCAACGAAAGUGCUGCGCCAAGGGCGGCUCGUCCGCAUGCUAG